CUUAAAUUUUAUUGGUUAAAAGCAGUUUAAAUUUGUAGUAAAGUGUACAAUAGUGUAGAUGCAGUGAUUUAGAUAAACCUAGUUCGCCCUCAUUUAAAAUAUUAAAUCGUGUCGUGGUUGGUCUAAGUACCAUCGCUAGUUGCUAUUUUUCGUAGGUGUGUGCAUGUGUGUACCCUAUGGCGUCAUUAUCCUUACCUCGAGUCCUCCAGCUGAAAAAGAACAGCUUGGAUGCUGAGCGCGAGCAGUUUGAAAAGUUUCAGCGCCACAGCUCGGCACUUAACUAAUGCAUGCAGCUGAUUCAGACACCGCUCUCCACUAACACGCUAUGGCGAACCCCAACGACAAGCGCUUCUAUCAGCUGACACUAGCUAUACAGAAAGCUAUCAACGCUAACGAGACUCCCGUGAAAGAGAAACAUGUUCGGAGCACUCUCAUUGGGACCUUCAAGGAACAGAGCGCCGUCACAUAUUGGAUGGUCGCCAUACGUCUUCCACUACAAGAGAACCGCAUCGUGGCAUGGAAGUUUUGUCACGUGACACACAAACUGCUACGCGAGGGUCAUCCAGCCUGCCUCGAUGAUUCGCAGCGACAUAUUGGCAUGAUCGAAAACUUGGGGAAGUUAUGGGUACAUUUACGCGAAGGUUACGGUAAGCUAGUUCACCUGUACUGCAACCUGCUGGUGUGCAAGCUGAAGUUCCACGCGCGCAAUCCUCGCUUCCCCGGCAACAUGCAGCUUACUGCUGAGGAGUUGGACGCCAUUGCGGAGAAUGAUGUCAACAACUACUUCCAGCUUUGCGUGGAAUUGUUCGACUACAUGGACGAAAUUUUGAAUUUGCAAGCAGCAGUAUUCGAUAGCUUGGGCAACGCGCGCGCCAACUCGAUGACAGCGAGCGGGCAGUGCCGGCUGGCGGCGCUGAUCCCGUGCGCGCAGGACGCGUCGCAACUCUACGACUGCAACGUGCGACUGCUGUUCCGUCUGCACGCCGCCCUACCGGCAGACACCCUCGCCGGACAUCGCGAGAGAUUCCGGCAACAGUUUAAGAAGUUAAGCUCCUUCUACAAGCACGCCAGCAGUCUCCAGUACUACAGGAACCUCCUCACUCUGCCAGUUCUUCCUUCCAAUCCACCAAACUUCUUGCAACAGUCUGACUUCGGCACAUACGUGACUCCAGUAGUUACCAUCCCGGAGCCGCCGCCAGACGAGGUCGAUUCCGUUGGAUCUCUCAUCGACACUUCAGAUACUAUGAGUCAGGCAACAAUGGAUAAUCUUGAAGACUUCGACGCUCGUCCCUCGCCGUCGCCGCAGCCCGACCCUAUCGUAGAACGUGACCGACUCAUCGACCAUUUGCAAAACGAACUCAAAAGGAUGAGGUCCGAAGUUUCACAGUUGGUACAGGAAAGAAAUACAAUGAUAGGAUCAAUGAGAGAACACUGUUCACGUAUUGAGACCCAACUGCAUAAUGCCAAGGUAGAAUUAGAAGAAGAGAAACAAAAAGCUGAAAUAUUAGCUGUACAAACACCUGAAAUUAAACAAAAACUGACGGAAACCGAAGAGAAAGCCAAAGUGACAGAUGAGAAAUUCCAAAAGUUAAAAGGGGCGUACACGCAGCUCCGGGAAGAACAUAUUACGUUGAUAAGGCAGAAAGCGGAGGUGGACAAGGUGUCGGCCAGCCUGCGCGCGGCCGCCGCGCAGCAUGAGAGCGCCAGGCUACAGCUACAGCAACAACUCAACGACAGGAACAAAGAUGUUGAAUUACUCCAACAAAGUGCGUCAUCAAGCGAAGAGAUUGAAGCUUACAAAUCAGAACUUUUAAGUCUAAGAACUGAACUCGAACAGUCCAGACAAAAAGAACUGGAAUUAGAAACUUUAAAAGCUACAAUGGAAACCUUACAAAUAGAACACAACACGGCAACAAAAGAACAAGAAGAAAAACUAACAACGGUCACGAACGAAUUGAAAGAAACUACAGAAACUUUAGAAAAAAUCAAACAAGAAAAGGAAGAGAGAGAAGUUGAAUUGAGUAGAGUAAAAGAAGAGUUGGUGGGACUUCGGGAGAGUAGUGGAGAGGAAUAUAAAAAGGUAGUAGAAGAGAAGGAAGCUGCGCUGAAACAGGUAGCGGAGUUACAACAACAGCAUUUACAAGAGAAAGAGUUGUUGGAGACUAGGCUAGGCCACGCCGAGAGUAAGAGAUUGAAUGCCGAGUGUGAAUUACAGGAUUUGUUGCAACAUAAUACUGUGCUCGAAGCCGACUUGGCGGCUGUGAAAAGACAGCUGGAGGAGGCGCAGAAGGCGUUGCAAAACCAGACAACGCGGCUAGUAACAUGCGCGGGUGAAGUAGCUCUCGAGGUCGCCAAUGGAGCGCUGGAGUCAUUCGAGAAUGGACAAGCGGGCGAUACAGUGACCGCUGCCGCUGAUCUAGCUGCUAAAGCCUUAGACGAACUGUCCAGGCACACUGAAGUGUCCGGUAACGAGGAGUCGGUACUCAAGUCUGCGAUGUUCGCAGCACACAACACGGCGCAGCUGUCUGCCUACGUCGCUGACGUGACUAACGUAUCCACUGAUAUAGCUCUAGCUGAAAAACUAAAUAACGAAUGCCGUUCAAUGUUGAUGGCGACGAAGGAAUGCUUGGAAUCGAUCAAGGGUGGUAGUAUAGCGAGCUCGCAUUGCUCCGACGCGCGGAGCCGCGUGCGCAGCUUGAUGACGUCAGCCGCGGCCGCCGACCGACUCAACAGCGGCGCCAGGAGUGUCGACGACGAACUGGCUGACAUGGACAGAGCUAUCGAGGAAGCCGCCUCACAGAUUGAGAACAUGUUAGCAGCGACCCGCGCCGGCGGUUCAGGGGUCAAGCUCGAAGUCAACGGCAAGAUCCUGGACGCGUGCACCACUUUAAUGGGAGCUGUGAAGAUCCUUGUACAGGAUGCUCGCAAACUGCAGAAUGAACUUGGAGACCCCAAGACUAGGCAGAAAAUGUACAGAAAGAACCCUCAGUGGUCUGAAGGGUUGAUUUCAGCGGCUAAAGCUGUUGUAUUCGCUGCUAAACUGCUAGUGACGUCGGCGGACGAGGCAGUGGGUGCGUCGGGGCAGGUGGAGGGCGUGUCGGCCGCGGCGCACGAGGUGGCGGGCAGCACGGCGCAGCUGGUGGCGGCGUCCCGCGCGCGCGCCCCGCCCGACUCGCCCGCGCUCGCGCGACUCACGCAGGCCAGCCGCGCCGUCGCAGCCGCCACCGGGGCACUCGUCGCCGCCGUCAAGGCUGGCUCGGCACUCGUACUCGAACAAGAGGCACUAGACACGUCUUCCUUAUCGCUGACGGCUACGCGUCGCCUUGAGAUGGAGAGUAAGGUGCGUUCCCUCAAGCUGGAGACUGCGCUCGACGCGGAACGAGCUCGACUAGCCGCACUACGCAAGAGGCAUUACCAACUCGCGCAACUAGAAGAGAAUGGAAACGUGGAAAACGGCAAGGAUUGAUCGUUCCCUCAAGGCUACAAGUGAAAACGACCAACCACUGCUACUACGAGUUUUAUGAAACGUUGAGGUCCCUGUUAAUUAUUUUUGAAGACAUUUUGUACUUGCAUUUUUAUAUACAUUAUAUUAUACAACGAAUUUUUUACAUCAUGCUUGCCGAUUGCUCAUUGUAGUCAGUUUAUUGUGACCGAUGAGGGAAUGUCUUCCCCGUGGAUGACAAUCAGUAAUAAUAAUAAUUAUACAAUUUACACUGUAACUAAUAGCAUUUUAAUCAAAUAAAUCACUAUUAGGCGCUUAUUAGCCGAUUAUUACCUACAUAAUAACUAAUAAUAAAUGUCACAAUAAUGUCUAUGCAUACGUAUUUGGGUAUAUCUAAGAAUACGUGGGUGAAUAAGAAUCGUUUCUUUUUUGAAGUAAAUCGAAGAAAAUUGUCAAAAAUCGUGACAGGUCAUUUUCCAUAUUUGCUUUGCUUAGUACAGCAGUUCGCAGCGUGAUAUAAUUUUCCACUUUUUUACCUAAUUUAUAGUGCACGUUCGUUCUUAAUAUAACCGAGUUUCAAAGGCAAAUAAAUCAAAAUGGCAGAAUAAAUCAAAAUGGCACGAAGACAUACUUGCUCAAAAAUCAAUCUUAAAGUCAUCGUUUUACGGUUGAUUACUCUAAAACGUCGCCCAAUUGCUAAUAGACAUCCAUGAUUGAUAACAAUUAAGCGUAUUCAACAGUAGGUAAUGUAGAAAUGAUAGGUUGUAGUAUGUAAUACCCUAGCGUGUUUAGAGAAGGACUGAGGGCGCGUUAGGCUCGACAAGCCUUUAAACUGUACUGAUCCCCACGAUGGUUGAGCCUGCAUAAUCCCGAGACUUUAAGCUUUAAGCAACAAGACUAAGGGUCACAUUAUCUGGAUAAGCUCUAUCUACCAGGAAUAAGGCUCACAUUUGUUUGAUACAAGUGAAUCUAGCAAGUUAUUAACUGGAACUUAUCUAUUGAUGGCGUAAAAAUGUGAAUUGUCUAUGUACCUUUAUGUAUAGAUGUUUUAUUAUUACUAAUUUAAUUGUUAAUUUACACAAUCGUGUUAUGAGACGCUCAUUGUUUUUACGAGUAGGCGCGUGUCAUCUACACCGAUAGCCGAUACUAUUUCAAUAAGUACCUACGUAAGUGUGUGAUCACUAUAAUAUGAAGCCCCUAGGAUAUCAAACUAAUAUUAGCUGUUAUUGUAAGUGUAAUUUCAUAUAAAUAUACUAUUGAAUGGAUACCUACGUUCAGAGAAUCGCCUGCACGGCUCGUUUGUUAUUUAUUCCUUACGUUUUACAUUUACUAAUAAAAUAUACACAUGUGACACAAAUA